AUGGGACGCAAGUCACUUAUGAUGGCUGUCAUCCUUUGUGUCGUGAUAUCCCAGGGUUACUGCUCUGGAGUUUUCGAGCUUAAAUUGCAAGAAUUUCUCAACAAGAAAGGAGUGAUGGGCAACGUUAACUGCUGCCGAGGAGGGACGGCGUCUGGGUUUCAGCAGUGCGAAUGCAAAACGUUUUUUAGGAUCUGCCUGAAGCAUUAUCAAGCCAAUGUGUCCCCAGAGCCGCCUUGUACUUACGGCGGCGCGGUGACCCCUGUUCUCGGCUCCAACUCCUUUAUGAUUCCUGAAACAUCGGACAACUCAUUUUCCAACCCAAUCAAAUUCUCUUUCGGUUUCACAUGGCCGGGGACCUUCUCUCUGAUAAUUGAAGCGCUGCAUACCGACGCUACCGACGAUCUAUCAACAGAGAACCCUGAAAGACUGAUCAGUCGCGUGACCACGCAGAGGCACCUUGCUGUGGGGGAAGAGUGGUCACAGGACCUUCAAACCGGUGGAAGAACGGAACUCAAAUACGCCUACCGAUUUGUAUGUGACGAGCACUACUACGGCGACGGCUGCUCUGUGUUUUGCCGUCCCAGAGAUGAUGCUUUCGGACACUUCACGUGCGGAGAGCGCGGCGAGAUUGUCUGCAAUUCUGGAUGGAAAGGACAAUAUUGCACAGAACCAAUCUGUCUUCCUGGCUGUGAUGAGGAACAUGGCUAUUGUGACAAGCCUGGGGAAUGCAAAUGCAGAGUGGGAUUCAGCGGCCGUUACUGUGACGACUGCAUCCGUUACCCCGGAUGCCUGCACGGCACCUGCCAGCAGCCCUGGCAGUGUAACUGUCAGGAGGGAUGGGGCGGCCUCUUCUGCAAUCAAGAUCUGAAUUACUGCACGCACCACAAGCCCUGCAUGAAUGGAGCCACCUGUACCAACACUGGUCAGGGCAGCUACACCUGCUCUUGCAGACCCGGCUUCACCGGGGCCAGCUGUGAGAUCGAGGUGAAUGAGUGCUCUGACAACCCCUGCAGGAAUGGAGGAAGCUGCACUGAUCUGGAGAACACCUAUCACUGCACCUGCCCCCCUGGUUUCUACGGCAACAACUGUGAGCUGAGUGCUAUGACCUGUGCUGACGGCCCUUGCUUCAAUGGUGGCCGCUGUGCUGAUAACCCAGAGGGUGGCUACUACUGCCAGUGCCCCACGGGCUACGCCGGCUUCAACUGUGAGAAGAAGAUUGAUCACUGCAGCUCCAGUCCCUGCUCCAACGGUGCCCAGUGUUUGGACCUCGUAAACUCUUACCUGUGCCAGUGUCCGGAGGGCUUUGCCGGGAUUCACUGCGAUGACAACAUCGACGAGUGCGCCGCCUACCCCUGCCAGAACGGCGGCACCUGCCAGGACGGAAUCAACGACUACACCUGCACCUGCCCGCCGGGGUACGUGGGCAAGAACUGCAGCGCGCCCAUCACCAAGUGCGAGCACAACCCGUGCCACAACGGCGCCACCUGCCACGAGAGGGGUUCCCGCUAUGUCUGCGCCUGCGUCCCGGGCUAUGGUGGCCUCAACUGCCAGUUCCUGCUGCCGGAGCACCCCAAGGGCCAGCCCGUCGUGCACAACCCCAACCGGAGGUACUCAGAGGGCGCCGACGACGGCAGCAGCAGCGGGUUCCCCUGGACCGCGGCAUGCGCCGGCAUCAUCCUGGUGCUGCUGCUGCUGAUGGGCGGGGCUGUGUUGGUGGUCUACCUGCGCGUGAAGGUGCAGCGCCGCCGGGACCAGCAGGCCGACGCGCCAGGCGAGAGCGAGACCAUGAACAACCUGACCAACAACUGCCAGCGUGAGAAGGACCUGUCCGUCAGCGUCAUCGGCGCCGCCCAGAUCAAGAACACCAACAAGAAGGUGGACUUCACCAGUGACAACGGCGGAGGGGAAAAGAAUGGCUACAAGAGUCGCUAUCCGUCUCUGGAUUACAAUCUGGUGCAUGAGCUGAAGCACGAGGAGCCUGUGAGGGAUGCCCAGGACAGGAGCCAGGCGAAGUGUGAAGCUCUCGACUGCGAGCCAGAAGAGAAACAAAGAAAACGUUCAAAGAGGUACGGUGAUGCCUCAGAAAAGAAACGUCCAGAAUCGACGUGCAAGGAUACCAAGUACCAGUCCGUUUACGUCAUAUCCGAAGAGAAAGACGAAUGUAUAAUUGCAACUGAGGUGUAAGGGCCGCAAGCGGAGCUGCCGCUCCCCUGGUUUUCUGGAGGUUUUACUCCGUCUAAAUGCUGC